UUUGGUUUUUCAAAAUGAAACUACAAGUGCUUCUAUUUAUAAAAACAAUUUUUUUCAUUUUGUGAGAAGGGGAUAAGUUUGUGUCUUCUUAGAAAAGAAUUACAAAAAAAAAACGCCAAAAAUACACACCAAACUUAACAGUAGUUGUGCCAGGGUGCCUGGCUGGUUCGUGUUUGUAUUAUGGUUCUUUUGUAGUAUUUUCUUUUUCUUUUUUUGUUACCGGGGAUCGAACUUGGGUCCUUGCACUUGCAAGGCAGGCAGCAGAACCACUGAGCUAAAUCCCCUGCCCUGUAGUACUUUCUUCUAAGCCAAAUAGAAUAUGUUACUAUUAUGAUAAAAAGGAAAUAUUUUAAAAGGAAGAUAAAUAUGAUUAUUAUAAAAUAGACACUAUCAAAAGAAUAAAGAAGAAAGUAAAGUAACUCAAGAGACAAACUUCCCAUUUUGUGUAUUUUUAUAGGUAUGUAUGCAUGCAAAUAUGUGUGUGGGGGGGAAUAAUGUUGUUUUAGUCCAUUCUGGCUGCUGUAGUGAUUCCGCAUCCAGUGAGAGCCUCCUUCCUGGUUUGUAGAUAGCUUUCUUUUACUGAUUCUUCACAGGACAGAAAGGGACAAGGGAGCCCCCAGGGUCAGCCUUUAUAAGGACACCCAUUUGAUUCAUAGGGGCUCCACCUUCACAAUUGAUGCUUCACAAAUGGCACAUUUCCAAAUACCUCACAUUGAUGUAUUUAAUUUGGGAUGACAUAAACAGUCUAUGACAUAUGUGUAUUUGUGUGGUAGUUAAUUUUAAUGUGUCCAGUUUGACUGGGCUACAGGGUUCCCAGAUAUUUGGUCCAACAUUAUUCUGGCUGUGUCUAUGAAAGUGUUUCUGAAUGAGAUUAACAUUUGACUCUGUAAACUGGGUGUGGUGGUGCACACACUCAGGAGGCUGAGGUAGAAGGAUCACCAUGAGUUCGAGGCCAGCCUGGGCUACAUGGCGAGACCCUAUCUCAAAAUAAUUUUUUUUGACUCUGUAGACUGAGUAAAUCAGAUUUUUCUGUCUGAUGUGGUUGGGCAUUAUCCAAUCAGUUGAAGAACUGAAUGGCUCAGAAACACUAGGAGAGACUUCCUCCUGCCAGCUUGCCUGCCUCUAAGCUGGGAAACCAGGUUUGUCCUCCUUCACUCACAGUAACACAUUGGCCUAGGUCUUGAGCUUGCCAGCCUUCAGACUAGAACUAAGCCCUCAGCUCUCCUGGGCCUUCAGCUUCCUGACUGCUGAAUGUGGGACUUGUCAGCCUCUGUAAUCAUGUGAGCCAGUUCAUUAUAAUCUCUUUCUAUAUACCUCAACAAUGGGAAUCUCUAGAGAUAAAGUUCCCUGUAAGAAAGAGAGAGGAUCUAAGCAUCUCUCAGGCCCUGAGAGCUAGCAACCAUUGUGACAUCUCCUUAGUUAGGAGCAGCUUAGCACCUUCAGCUUCCCCAAGGAGUGUGGGGACCAGAGGCCUGCCUGGUGCUCCCUCCCCUAGAACAGACUUCCUGCUAGAGAGGCCCAAGCCAAGCAAGGGAGAUUUUAAUAUUAGCUAAACCAGGUUUGGCUUUUAGAUUUAAUACACUGAGCUAGACGUUCAUUUACUGAAUUUGAGACUGAUUUGGAGGGGAGGCAGCAGAUUAACGUGUGGCAAAGCAGCUGGGCAAUGACUGAGACCUGUCAGUCAGGGAGACCUGUGUAGAACAAUGUAGAAGCCCUGUACCUAAUACCACCAAUCAGAGAACUCUAUCUUCAGUUCUUCUGGUAUGAGAUCAAGCAGGGUUUUGAUAGGACAGCCUGGAUCUGACGCCAGAAGAAAGGCUGUAAAAGCCAGUGGCCAUUAACCUCAUAGGGGCUGUGAGCCUUUUCAGCAGCCCUGCAUGCUGCAGAGCGUACUUUUCUUACUUUAACUGGCCCACACUCACUCUGCAGCACACGUCUUUUCAGAGGACUUCUCCCUACUUUUACCUUUAAUAAGUGUAAAACCUGUACGUUCUUUGCUUGUCUUGUGCAAUUCUUUGAACAGGACAAGAGCCUAGAGGGGCCCCUUGAGUACCCCACUUAUAGGUAGGCUGGGCAGAAAGACAUAGGGUCUGCUGAUUUUCAUCCAGAAGGAAUAAUUCUCACUUUGAGUACAUUUCAAAGAAUGAUGGGAAGAAAAGAAGCUACACUAAAUACCCCAGAGUUGGGAUUGCUACAACAGCCCUGCCCCACUCCGUGUGCCUGGCCAUCCAGCCCCAGGACUCCAGCCCCCAUGGUAAAUGAAGAAACUCAGAGCACAGCGAGUGACUUACCUUGAUGACACUUGAGUGGUGAGAAGUAGCAAGACAGCCGUGGCAGAUCUAUAUUUGGACUGGCAUUCAUGGCAGGCCUGUUGCUAUUUGUAGCUGGAAGCAGCUUGUGUUACCAUCCAGCUUCAGUGUCCUGCUGGCAAAGCUCAGCUGUAGAUCAAGCAGGGUGGCCUGGGGGUGGGGCACGCAGAGGUCACCAGGAAGGAAGCCUGCUGAGCAGGGAUUCGGUUUUCUAGCUGAAUUCCAGGUCUUCUGAAUUAAGAAGUAUCUAAGGACCCUUCAGUCAGCAGAACCCUGGAUAUUCACUAUUAAGCAUCCAGAAAGGGUCUUUCUUGUACACUGGUGCUUCCCAGGGCUCCCUGAAUCACAAUGGAGGAAGUAGUGGAGGAGGAGCCCAGGCUGGACAGGUCCCCAGCUCCUGAGGACUUUCACUUUUAUCACAUGGAUCUGUAUGACUGUGAAGACACACUCCAGAGCUUCCCAGAGGGAAACACUAGACUGAGGAGAGAAACAGUCCAAGCUGAGGGUGGGCCGGGGCAGGCAGGGGAAGGCCAAGCCCAAAGAGACCUCCAAGAAGUAAAUGAAUUCAUCCAUUUAUAUGGACUAGAGGAUGACCAUGAGUUAGGGGAUGAGUUUCUUGAUGAAGACAGGAUGGGGAGGUCAGCAUAUCCUCCUUAUGGACUGAAGAGGAGAGAGCCAGCCAGGGAGCAGCGAGACUGGAGACUUGGUGAAGAAGAUGAGGCCGAGGACCAGGGCUAUGCAGGGUGGGGCAUGGCAGGCCAGAGCCAGGCCUUGCAGGAAGCGUACAGGUACACACACGGCCGCGCCAGUGAGGAGUAUGAGUGCUACGUCAUCCCAGAGGAGGAGGACGAGGAAGAAGCUGCUGAUGUCUUCUGUGUCACUUGUAGAACCCCCAUCAGAGGUGUUGAGAAGGAUAUUGAUGAGCACAAGGAGCACGAAGUGACCCCACUCAAUAAAGCCCUGGAGAGCGCCAAGGAUGAAAUUCACAAAAACAUGUACAAGUUGGAGCAGCAGAUCAUCGAGAUGGAAAAUUUUGCAAGUCACUUGGAGGAGGUUUUCAUCACUGUGGAGGAGAAUUUUGGAAGACAAGAACAAAACUUUGAGUCACAUUACAAUGAGAUCUUGGAAACACUUGCCCAAAAGUAUGAAGAAAAAAUACAAGCUCUAGGAGAGAAAAAGAAAGAGAAGCUGGAGGCCCUGUAUGGACAACUGGUCAGUUGUGGGGAAAACCUCAAUACCUGCAAAGAACUGAUGGAAACCAUAGAGGAGAUAUGUCAUGAGGAGAAGGUUGAUUUCUUAAAGGAUGCAGUGGCCAUGACUGACAGGCUCGGAAAAUUCCUGAAAACAAAAACAGAUGUGGAAAUCUCUGCACAGCCUCACUUUGAAGACCAGACCUUGGACUUCUCUGAUGUGGAACAGCUGAUGGGUUCCAUGAACACCAUUCCUGCUCCUUCUGCUCCUGUGAUAAACCCACAGGCCCCCAACUCAGCCACAGGUUCCUCUGUCCGGGUGUGCUGGAGCUUAUACUCUGAUGACACCGUGGAGAGCUAUUGGUUGUCCUACCGGCCAGUGCAGGACAGCCCACCUGGGAAGGACCAAGAAGAGUUUACAGUGACCGUCAAAGAAACAUACUGCUCAGUGACAAACCUUGAACCAAAUACCCAGUAUGAAUUCUGGGUCAUAGCCAAGAACAGGGCUGGCCCCAGUCCCUCCAGUGAGCAUGCAGUAUACAUGACAGCCCCUUCUCCCCCUGUUAUAAAAACUGAGGCGAUAAGGAGCUGUGAAGAGGCUGUGCUCAUCUGCUGGGAGUCUGGGAACCUGAAUCCUGUGGACUCCUAUACCGUGGAGCUGACCCAGGUGGAAAUGCCAGCAACCUCAGGGGUAACUGAGUCCGUGGUUGGCAUCCCUACCUGUGAGUCGCUGAUACAGCUGCAGCCUGGGCAGAGCUACACGAUCUGUGUGCGAGCCCUCAAUGUGGGGGGCCCCAGUGCCAGGAGCGAGCCCGCUACAGUCUGUACCACAGGAAGCUACUUUCCCCUGAAUAAGGCCACCUGCCACCCCUGGUUGAACAUUUCAGAAGAUGGGUUUAUGGUGAUCCGAAGUGAAAGGAAAAGUCUCACUCGGGAGCCACUGCCCAGCCAGACCCAGUUCACCAGGUGUGUUGCCGUCAUGGGAAAUCUAAUUCCGGUCCGAGGGCGCCAUUACUGGGAGGUGGAGGUGGACGAGUGUUUGGACUACACAGUUGGUGUGGCCUUUGAAGAUGUCCCUAAGCAGGAGGACCUGGGUGCAAAUGGCCUCUCCUGGUGCAUGAAGCACACAUUUGCCGCAUCAAGGCAUAAGUAUGAAUUUCUGCACAACAGGACAACUCCAGAUAUAAGAAUAACUGUUCCCCCAAAGAAGAUUGGCAUCCUAUUAGACUAUGAGAAUUCAAAGUUGUCUUUUUUCAAUGUGGACAUUGCUCAGCAUCUAUAUACAUUCAGUUGUCAGCUUCAUCGAUUUGUGCACCCCUGUUUUUCUCUGGAAAAACCUGGGUAUCUAAAGAUAUGUAAUGGCAUUUCAAUGCCAAUGCAUGCCACUUUCUAUUAG